AGAAGCUCCAUUUCCGAGCAUUAGGUGGAGGCAAAGUGUCUUCUUUGCUGACCUUCUAUAGCGUGUACAUUGGGAUUGAUUUCCAACCACGCUUCCAGAGCCUAUAGCUUGAAACUCGCAUCCAGGAUCGCAACAAGCUUCAUUUCAUUGUCUUGCACCAUCCUCUGCCUAGGGCUUCCAGCUAUCCACAACCAUGGCUCUCCCCAAGAGCUUCAGGCUCUUUUUGUUUGCUGCCCUCGCGGCUCUCGUGGCUGCCAAAUCCGAUGUCCUGGAUCUGAUCCCCUCCAACUUCGAUGAUGUCGUCCUGAAGUCGGGCAAGCCCACGCUGGUCGAGUUCUUUGCCCCCUGGUGCGGUCACUGCAAGACCCUCGCCCCCACGUACGAGGAGCUCGCCCAGUCCUUUGCCGGCUCCAAGGACAAGGUCCAGAUUGCCAAGGUCGAUGCCGACGCUGAGAAAGAUUUGGGCAAGCGCUUCGGCGUCCAGGGGUUCCCGACGCUCAAGUGGUUCGACGGCAAGAGCGACAAGCCCGAGGAGUACAACGGCGGCCGCGACCUCGAGACCCUGAGCACCUUUAUCACGGACAAGACGGGAGCGAAGCCCAAGCGCAAGCUGGCACCGCCCUCGAGCGUCAACAUGCUCACCGACGCGACCUUCAAGAAGACCAUUGGCGCCGACAAGCACGUCUUUGUUGCCUUCACUGCUCCGUGGUGCGGACACUGCAAGACCCUGGCCCCCAUCUGGGAGGACCUCGCGACCACCUUCUCCCUGGAGGACGACGUUGUGAUCGCCAAGGUUGACGCCGAGGCGGAGAACAGCAAGGCCACGGCGCAGGACGAGGGCGUUCAGUCGUACCCCACCAUCAAGUUCUUCCCCAAGGGCAGCAAGGAGGCCCAGCCCUACAACGGCGGCCGGACCGAGCAGGACCUGGUCAAGUUCCUCAACGAGAAGACGGGUGCCCAGCGGGCUGUUGGUGGCGGCGUCGACGCCACCGCCGGCACCCUCGCCGCUAUCGAUGCCAUUGUUGUCAAGUACACCGGAGGCACCUCGCUGAGCGACGCUGCGGCCGAGGCCAAGAAGGCGGCCGCGGACCUCAAGGAGGAGGCCCAGAUCAAGUACGCCGAGUACUAUCUGCGCGUCUUUGACAAGCUCAACAAGAACGAAAACUUCGUGUCCAAGGAGCUGGCGCGUCUGGAGGGGAUACUGAAGAAGGGCGGGCUCGCCCCGGCCAAGCAGGACGAGCUGACGCGCAAGACCAACGUUCUCCGGAAGUUCGCUGAGAAGGUCGCCGAGGAGGCAACUGGCAAGGAUGAGCUGUAGUCGGUCCGCCAUGUCCAAGUCUACAACGAGCCGCAAGGGGUUCUAGUUGGUGUUAUCGGGUAUAAAAGGGAACUGCAAUCUCGGGUCAUGCUAGCGAUCAUAUCAUGGGAACAGUGAUGCUCAUCGGGGUUGAAAAAGGCUACCCAUGCGGCAUAUGUAGAUGUUGAUAUCACGUCUUAUGAAACGAAUUAUUUGGACCGAAGACAAGAAUAGGGCACGCGCACACAACUCUAGCGG